AUGAAAUAUUUUUUUUUGAACAUUUUUAUAUGUAUAUUACUUUUUAUUAUAUUAUUAACAGAUAAAAUUACUUCUGUAAGAGUUAAAACAAAAAAAAAAGAACAACAAAAAUAUGUAGAUUUUACUAGAGAUCGUUAUAAAAUUAGCUAUUAUAGAAUUAAUUCUGAAACUGUUCUUGAAUGUAAUGGUUAUGUUUUUGCCAAUGAAAUUUAUGCAAUAAAUUAUUAUCGUUAUUUGUGGUCCAAUACAACAGAAGACAAAAGCCAGUAUAGACCAACAGGAGGAAGUAGAAGAUUUAACAUAACUCAUGUUCGAAAUAAAUAUUUAAUUAAAGAAUAUAGUGCUGGUAUGUAUUUUCUUAAAAAUCCAUUUAGUACUAAAAUUCAUGGAUAUGUAUGGGAUGGUUGUGAAUAUAACUGUUAUUCACAAAAUAAUUUUAUGGAAUUCAGAAAAAGAGUUGUUAAAGAAUUAAACUUGUAUAGACAAUUACAUGGUGCUGGUAAACUUAUUUAUAGUGUAAAAUUUAGUAAAAUAGCUCAAAGUAUGGCAAAUGAAAGAGCACAAAAGGGUAUUCAUAGUCAUUGUGAUAGAAAUCCAGUUUUUGGUUGUCUUGCUGGUUCUUUAAUGCGCCAAAAUAUUGGUAACAUAAUUUCAUCCAUGUACAAUGAUUUGCUUGGAAAUUAUGACUUUGCUUUUAUGUUUUUAAAUCGUAAAAAAUACUACCCACUACAAUUAAUUUGGAAAAGUUCAAAAUAUUUUGGUGUUGGUAUUGCAGAAGACUCUUUUUAUGCUUAUGUUGUUUUAACAUUUUCAUCCAUAUUAAGAAAUGAUAAAAAUUACUAUAAAAAUGUUUCACCCAUCCAAAAAAAAUUUAUUGCCUUGUAUACUAGAAGUUUAAAUCGCCGUGAGUAA